AUGGGCUCUCAGUCCGGGCCUGCUCGCAAAAAGGUCACCAUGAGCACCAUCAAGUCGCUCUAUCAAAAGGGAGAGCCCAUUGCCAUGAUCACUGCUCACGACUUCCCCAGCGCCUACGUUGCUGACCAAAACGGCAUGGACAUCAUCCUGGUGGGCGACAGCCUGGCCAUGGUGGCGCUGGGCAUGGAAGACACAAACGAAGUAGAGGUCGAAGACAUGCUGCUUCACUGCCGAUCAGUUGGAGACCUUCCCAUGGGCUCAUAUGAAAUCUCUCCCGAACAAGCCCUAGCCACAGCCAUCCGCUUCGUCAAGCAUGGCAAAGCACAGAGCGUCAAGCUCGAGGGCGGCAAGGAGUUUGCCCCAACCAUCCGCAAAAUCACCACCGCCGGCAUCCCGGUCCUUGCCCACAUUGGCCUCACUCCUCAGCGCCAGAACGCUCUUGGGGGGUUCCGCGUCCAGGGCAAAACCUCUGCUGGCGCCAUGAGAGUCUUGGAGGAUGCCCUCGCCGUGCAGGAAGCUGGCGCCUUUGCCGUCGUUCUGGAGGCCGUCCCCGCCGAGGUUGCUGCCCUGGUUACUCAAAAGCUAUCCAUUCCCACCAUCGGCAUCGGCGCUGGCAGCGGCUGCUCAGGCCAGGUGCUUGUCCAGAUCGACUUGACGGGCAACUUCCCUCCCGGAAGAUUCAUGCCCAAGUUUGUCAAGAAAUUUGGCGACAUCUGGAGCGAGUCAGCCAAGGCUGUUGUGGCCUAUCGUGACGAGGUCAAGAGCAAGCAGUUCCCUGCUCCAGAGCACACCUAUCCAAUGCCUGCCGAAGAGUUUGAGACGUUUGCCAAGGCCGCCAAAGACCUAUAA